AUGGGACGUAGGCAGGCUGUUGCUGGUGAACUUAUGUCUGCAACCAUCGAAAGAGGAACGAACAGGUUGGAGAAGGAAAAAGGGAAAGGCAAGGGUAGAAAGAAGAGAGUGCAAGAGAGCAAGGAACAGUGGAAGCAAGUAAAUAAGUAUCAUAUCAUUGGCAAGAGAACAAGAGGGGAGAUUUUGCGAAUGAAGGAAGAAUUGGCCGGAGCCUGA